ACGUUCUGUGGCUUAUGAAUGAAUAAACUUGGUUCCCUAAAAAAAGAUCCAACUCCCAUCGACCACAUCCCCGCGCACAUCUCAGGGAACCCUAAUCGAUCCAAUUCCUCCCAUCCCAUCCAAUUCCUUCCAUCCCACAUCUCAGGGAACCCUAAUCAUCCAAUUCCUCCCAUCCCCAUCCCCACCCCCCACCACACACACACCCAGCAAUGGCCCCGGCGGCGCAGGAGCAGUGGUACAUCAUGUACGCUGUUCCGGAUGUGUCGGAAGAUGUGAUGAAGCCCCAGAAAUUCCCCAACGCGACGUUCUCCUUCAACAAGGUUCCGCUACCUUCCCGCCUAUUCGUCGAGAGUAGCGUCGCCAGCCCCGCCGGAAGCGUCGAGUACCCCUACAUCGCGGCUGCCGACCGCAGCGGCCACCUUCUGCUAUGCGGUUACACCUCGUUCGGGCUCACCUUCUACAUUUGCGAUCCGCUUUUCCGCAUGACGAUGGGCAUCUUCCCCCACGACGGCGGCUUCAACUGCCACUACUGCGUUGGCCUCAUCCGCAAUCACAACCGCAGGCUUCUCAUGGUGGCCGAUCUCAACCCGUGCUUUUUCGAAGAAGAUGUCUUCUUCACGCUCUUCUGCACGGUCGACUUGUACUCGUGGGUCGAGAAGGAGCCCGACUGCUCGAAAAUCUUGGAUAAGCAACAGUGGCGCGGUGAUGGCGUUCUCACUCAUGAAGGUUUGCUCUGGUGGUUCGACUUCUCCUACUGUAUACUUGCCUGCGACCCCUUCCACGAUAAACCGGUGCUUCACCAAAUCAAGUUCCCGCAUGUACAACACGAGCUGCCCUUUGCACCGUCCACAAUCAACGGUGACAUACUCCGCUGCUUAAAGGUGAGCGAAGGCAGCCUGCGGUACGUGCAGAUCCAUGGCCCCAGACACGAACCGGUGGUCAGCAUGUGGACGCUGUCCUCCAACAAUCCGUCAGAGGCGCAAUGGAAGCCGACGCACGAAGUGAGGUUGGCUGAGAUCUGGAACCAUGAGACCUACAAAAGGACGCCGCUGCACGGGGAUGUGAUCCCCACUGUGGCGCUUGUCAACCCGAUGAAGGCACACGAGGUCUACUUCUUCCUGGACAAGCACAUCUUCUCUGUCAACCUGCAGAACAGUAGUGUGGUGCAGUAUGAGAAGUUUGAAGAUUCGGGGAUGCCGGACCUCUCCUCCCGCCUGGUCCAUGCUUGGCAGUUUCCACCGGAGCUCACCGAAUAUCAUCACUUGCCUGGAACCGAUGUGUUGGGUGCCACGGGGGUUUAUUUCCUGAAUCAAUAUGACUCAGUGGAGGAUUUCCAUGAAGAAGUGAUUGCUGCCACAGACAGGUGGUGUCCCGAAUUGCAUGAGAUGGGUCUGGAGGAACUUGAAGAUGGAGAUGAUGAUGCCUCUGAGAUGGGUGUGGAUCUUGAAGGGGAUGGAGAUGACUCUGAGACGAGUGGGGAUGACUCCGAGAUCAGUGAGGACGAUGUCGAAGAGGACGGAGAUGAAGACUGAGAUGACCUAGACGAUGGAGGUGAUUUAGAAGUGUGCUAAUCUGUUACACAUGGCUGAUUUGAGUCAUCCGCAUCCACCCCGCGUUUCUUCACUUAAAGAAAUGCUUUUACUGUGUUGCUCCUUGUCUAGUCUAGUGGUUCGGCGUUCUGGUA